UUUCAGAAUUUUUUUUUUAUUCCUGACUAACUUUUUUUUUAAUAUCAAAAAAGAUAUUCACUCAAAAAAUUUUUACAAAAAAGUUAUUUGCAGGUUCAAAAAGUUAAUGAAAAAUAAAUUCCUAAAAAUCUAAAAAAAAUGGUAUCCAAUAAAGAAAAAACGCUUCCAUCACUUCCAUUUUUCAAUAAACCCUCAAAUGAAUCCAAUUCUGAUUCAAAAUUUAUGACUCGGUUUUCGGAAAAAUUUCCAAAAACAGCUGAAUUUUUUAAGAAAAAUAAAAAACCAAUUAUAGUAUCAUUAAUAAUAUUUUUUAUUAUAAUAUUGGUUAUAAUCAUUGUUGCUGCCGUUGGUGGAUUUUCAAACGGUGAUUCACAAGAUACUGGUAAACCUGGUAUUAAUAUGAGUGGUAAAGGAGAUGGAACUUUUUAUAAUCCUAGUGUAGGUACUGGAUCAUGUGGCUGGCAAAAUGAUGAUAGCGAAUUUGUUGCAGCCCUGAAUGCUCCCCAAUAUGGAAAAUUUAGUGAUCCGGCAGAUUCACCGAUAUGCGGCAAAUGUAUAAAAAUUACCGGACCAAAGGGUUCCGUUAAAGUAAAGUUGGUCGAUAAGUGCCCGGUAUGUAAACGUGGAGACAUUGAUAUGUCACCAGCGGCAUUUAAGAAAAUUGCUGAAUUAGAUGAGGGUAGAGUUCCAAUUACUUGGGAAGGCUGCUAAUAAUAUUACAUAAUAGACCAUUAAUUAUUAUUCAUGUAAUAUAUCAAUUGUAUUUUUAGUUAUUUAAAAUUCAAUUUGCAUAACAAGAUUAAAAAUUUUUCAAACUUACUCGACAUGUGAAAACUUCAUAA